AAGUGCCGGGCUAGCUGUAAGAAUAGCGGCUUUCUCGAGCGCUGAACCUGGUGGGUUGCAGUUCUGGGGUCCUGGUGACAGCGCAGGAGCAGGGUCGGAGCGGGGCGUCGGGGCUGAGCGGCAGGAUGAUGGAGGAGGAGGAACUGGAGUUCGUAGAGGAGCUGGAGGCCGUGCUGCAGCUCACGCCUGAGGUGCAGCUAGCUAUCGAGCAGGUAUUUCCAAGCCAGGAUCCUCUCGAUCAAGCUGACUUCAAUGCCGUUGAGUAUAUCAACACUCUGUUCCCAACAGAGCAAUCUCUGGCAAACAUAGAUGAUGUCGUGAACAAAAUUAGACUGAAAAUAAGGAGACUGGAUGACAAUAUCCGGACUGUCGUAAGAGGUCAGACAAAUGUGGGGCAGGAUGGAAGGCAAGCUCUCGAAGAGGCCCAGAAAGCCAUUCAGCAGCUCUUUGGCAAAAUCAAGGAUAUCAAAGACAAAGCAGAAAAAUCAGAGCAAAUGGUGAAGGAAAUCACCCGAGAUAUUAAGCAGUUAGACCAUGCCAAGCGCCACCUGACCACCUCAAUCACGACACUGAACCACCUGCACAUGCUGGCCGGUGGGGUCGACUCCCUGGAAGCCAUGACCAGACGCAGACAGUACGGAGAAGUUGCUAAUCUCCUUCAGGGCGUCAUGAAUGUUCUGGAACACUUUCACAAGUACAUGGGGAUCCCACAGAUCCGGCAGCUUUCUGAAAGGGUGAAGGCUGCACAGACUGAGUUGGGACAGCAGAUCCUGGCUGAUUUUGAAGAGGCGUUUCCUUCGCAGGGUACCAAGAGGCCGGGGGGACCCAGCAAUGUCCUGAGAGAUGCGUGCCUGGUGGCUAAUAUUUUGGACCCCAGAAUCAAACAGGAAAUCAUCAAAAAGUUUAUUAAACAGCAUCUGUCAGAGUAUCUAGUACUUUUUCAAGAAAACCAAGAUGUCGCCUGGCUGGACAAAAUUGAUAGACGUUAUGCCUGGGUGAAGCGUCAGCUUGUGGACUAUGAGGAGAAGUAUGGUCGGAUGUUUCCACGGGAGUGGUGCAUGACAGAGAGGAUCUCAGUAGAAUUUUGUCACGUGACAAGGACAGAACUUUCCAAAAUCAUGCGAGCCAGAGCUAAGGAAAUUGAAGUGAAAUUGCUUCUCUUUGCGAUUCAGAGAACAACUAACUUUGAGGGGUUUCUUGCAAAACGCUUCUCCGGUUGCACCCUGACAGACGGAACCCUGAAAAAGCUGGAGUCCCCAUCGCCGUCUACCAAUCCCUUCCUGGAAGACGAGACAACACCAGAGAUGGAGGAGCUGGCGCUGGAGAAAGGAGAGUUAGAGCAACCAAAGAAGCCCAAGGCCCCAGACAACCCAUUUCAUGGCAUUGUUUCCAAGUGUUUUGAGCCUCAUCUCUACGUGUACAUUGAGUCCCAGGACAAAAACCUCAGCGAGCUGAUAGACCGAUUUGGGGCAGAUUUCAAAGCCCAGGGCCCCCUGAAGCCUAACCCUGAUGAAGGGGGUUCUGUACUCCCCAGCUGCGCUGACCUCUUUGUCUACUACAAGAAGUGCAUGGUGCAGUGCUCACAGCUCAGCACAGGCGAGCCCAUGAUCGCCCUGACUACCAUCUUCCAGAAGUACCUCCGAGAAUACGCCUGGAAGAUCCUCUCUGGCAAUCUGCCUAAGACCAGCAGCAGCAGCGGGGGGCUGACCAUCAGCAGCCUCCUCAAAGAGAAGGAGGGCUCUGAAGUGGCCAGGUUCACUCUGGAGGAGCUGUGCCUCAUCUGCAGCAUCCUCAGCACAGCCGAGUACUGUCUGGCCACUACCCAGCAGCUGGAAGAAAAACUUAAAGAAAAAGUUGAUGUCAGUCUGACUGAGCGAAUUAAUCUCACAGGAGAAAUGGACACAUUCAGCACUGUCAUUUCCAGCAGCAUCCAGCUGCUGGUUCAGGAUCUGGAUGCGGCCUGUGAUCCUGCCCUGAUUGCCAUGAGCAAGAUGCCGUGGCAGAAUGUGGAGCACGUUGGUGACCAGAGUCCUUAUGUCACUUCCGUUGUUCUUCACAUUAAGCAGAAUGUUCCCAUCAUCCGUGACAACCUGGCUUCCACACGGAAAUACUUCACACAGUUCUGCAUUAAAUUUGCAAACUCAUUCAUUCCCAAAUUCAUCACCCAUCUCUUCAAGUGCAAGCCAAUCAGCAUGGUGGGGGCAGAGCAGCUGCUGCUGGACACCCACUCCCUGAAGAUGGUCCUGCUCGAUCUCCCAUCCAUCGGCUCACAGGUGGUGAGGAAGGCACCUGCCAGUUACACUAAGAUUGUCGUGAAAGGCAUGACCCGGGCUGAAAUGAUCCUCAAGGUGGUGAUGGCCCCUCAUGAACCGUUGGUGGUGUUUGUUGACAACUACAUCAAACUCCUUACGGAUUGCAACACAGAAACCUUCCAGAAAAUUCUGGACAUGAAGGGGCUGAAGAGGAGCGAGCAGAGCAGCAUGCUGGAACUGUUUCGGCAGAGACUCCCUGCCCCGCCCUCAGGGACAGAAAGUUCCAGCACACUGUCCCUAAUGGCUCCAACACCAGAGCAGGAAUCAUCCCGCAUCCGCAAACUUGAGAAACUGAUUAAAAAGAGACUGUAAGGAACAUACAGACAUUGCCAGGGACCCUGAGCAACUAACUGAUUUCUGGAAAUCCUCACUCUCUCAGGACUCUAGGUCCUUAGUCUUGAAACCCCUGGGGUCAUUACGGUUAUUAAAAUAUCUCCCCCAUA